AUGGCGAUGACGCAGCAAUCUCCAAACUUAGCGAGGUCGCGCUACAAUGCCGCCUUCACUUCAUCAAUCUUCGAGCCACCUUCGUCGCAAAGCGCCUCGGGCUUCGUGCCAGCAGGCAAACGCCGGGAUCAGACGACGGGAGAGCUCUUCGGGAAUUAUGACGAGAAGGACCUCAGAGCCAUGCCGAAGACCUUUGUUCCCAAGGAGGACAACAUGUCGGCCCGCCGGCGGAAGCAGCAGUUCCUUUGUUCCCAGGUCCUGCCUGCCAGCAACUACCCGGCUCCCGUACCUGAGGCAAGAGCGCAGAAGCCCAACGCCGGCUAUGUCGAGGACGAAGACGACGAGUCUCGGGUAGACACGGCAAUGGUGCGGCAGAUGCAUCUCUCAUCGAAUAUGUUUGGCCGGUCCGCUCCGGAGGUGAGUGCCGAGACGGUCCAUGACCGUGGGAACCGGCUGAUGCCCAACGACUUCGUCUGGCACAGCCACCCGGAGAAGCCAGUGUCGCCAAAGCACAAAGAUGGCAAGACACACGCAGACAGGGCCUACGAGCAGAAGUGCUCCCAGGUCUUCGAGUACCAAUCCCCUGAGGUGCGGAAGAUGCACGCGGACCAGAAGCGCCAGGCUGAGAACCAGGGCUGCUGCCUACAUCGCCUCGCCUUUGUCGCCAUGCUGUUUCAGUGGGAGCAGUUCUUCUGGAGCUACCUGGUCCUUGGACCAUACCUCAUGACGUACUCUUGGCCACCAGCUUGCACCCAGAAAGGGCAGGAGGCCAACGGCACAGGCCUGUUUUCAACUCAGCACUUUGUGUUGUGGAAGCUUGUCCCCCUUUCCUUGGGGUCCUUAAGUUUUUGGAUUCGGCUCUUCGCUGGCUUUGUCGCGCUUAGCCAGGCCACCACUCAGGUGCUGCUGCAGCAGCCAAACCUCGCGGACCCGGCCAAUCCAUUCGGCCACGUGAGCCAGAGCGCCAUCGGCCUUUGCAUCGGAACCGGGGUGUCCGGUGCCUUCUUCUGCGCCCUCUCGGAACCUGUUGGCGUGCUGGUGCUGCAGCUGUGGGGAGUCUACUCCAUCUACACUUGGUGGGUUGUGUCAGUUGACAACUACUCCCCGCCAUGGCACAAGGAAGACCACUGGGAAGGAAUCUGGAACAGUUUGACAGGGGGCAACGACUGUGUCAUCGCGAUCUACCUCCUGUGCUUGGGGAUGUUUUUGGGCCACGCAUGCGUGCGAUGGCCGCGGCAGCUCAGCCACUUCCUGGCUGGCGUUUCUGGUGCUGCCGCUGGGGCCCAUGUGACCGUGCAAGCCAUCUACUUCGUGUGGACGGAGGAUGGGAUCAAUGGCGCGCUGGUCUAUGGGCUUUUGGUUCAGAAUCGUGUCCAGUGGUGCACGGCCCGCUCUUCCUGCCAGAUCUUCUUCUACACCUUCUGGGUUCUGGUCAUCGUGAGCCUCAUCACGCAGUACUUUGUGGCCAGCUUCGUUGGCCUCGCACGUCCACACAAGCCUUUCGAGCCCAAGAAGUUCCGGCACCCGAGCGAGGGCAACCCGGUGGCAUCCAGCUUGGAAGACGGACUGCCGCCGAAGGAGGAUGAAGAGGAUGAGAAGGAAGUUGACGAUCCAAAGUGCUUCUGGAUGAGGGACCCAAAGAACACUUGGGCCUCCAACUUGGCCACGCCCUGCUCCACCUGGAUCUUCCUCUUCUUCGUGGUGCUGUUGUCGUGCACGGCAACCUAUGCCUUCACGUUCUUCGUGUACUGGGCAGAUGGCACCGAGACGAACUUUUUCAUCGGGUUGGUCUAUGUGGUGGCAAAUGCGUUCUGUCUGUGGAGCAUCAUCGAGUUCUUUCUGACCACCGUCUGGUUCCACGCCAUUCGGCUCAUUCUUGGCAUGCCGCGGCUACCUCGUAAGGACUUUAGCAAAGGCUUGCCGAAGACUGGCCGCACCAUCCUGUCGUACUGCCUGCUCUCGCGCCAAGAGGAAUCCUCGGAAGAGACUUUCCGCACCGCGCUGGCUGCCCACCUGGCCAACUUGGACCCCGAGUCCCGCAUCACCACUGCUGUGGUCUCUGUGUCCUCCGCGCUGUCGGUGGUGCGCUGUGAGAUGAACUGCCGAGACAAGUGCCGAGAGGAGAUCACGAAGACCCUGACGUCGGAGGUGUCGGCGCUGCUCCAGGCCUUUCCGAAGGCCUUCGAACAGAGUACUGAGCCAGCUGCCCGAAUGCGCAGCGUGUGCAGUGCUCUGGAGACUGUGGGCAAGGCCUCCUGCCACCGAGCCGAGUACUGGCUUCAGUGCCUGGAGUCCGACUGGGCCAGCGCACGCGGCUGCGCGGCAACCUUGGAAGAGAACCUGCACCUCCGCGUGGAGGAUGCCGCGCGGCACUUCCUGUACCUGCACAGGAACUGCAAGAUCCUGAAGAAGCCUGGCCAGUACCAGGAUCUCAUGGUUUUGGCUUCCACGGGGAGCAACGAGGCUUAUACGUACCUCCAUGAGGACUAUGGCUCCCUGGGUCGGAAGUUCCGAAGUCCUUGCUUUGGCUUCGAGUCGAACAUGGAGAACGAUGGCCAGCCUGAAGAGUUCGAUGCAGCCUGCGAGGACUUGAAGAUUCGAGGCCGCGAGGACAUCAUGCUUGUGGCGGAGUAUGGCAGGGAUGCUGAGAACCGAUACUACUACACCAUGGUCCUGGAUUCUGACACGAUCUGCCCCCCCCGAAGCAUCCGGCGCCUUGUGGAGACGGCGGAGCACGGGCGAAACAAGUCGUACGGCAUCAUCAACGCCAACCUUGCAAACGACUACUCUGCGGACGACAGCUGCACUUGGCACAUGUGGAGGAAUGCCCUUAUGGAGGUCUCCACGGUGAACUUGCAGCGUGGCCAGUUCUGGAUCUUUAACCGGGUGGGCUUCUAUGGCAAAGGCUUGAUCCGGAAUGAUCUCUACAUUCCCCGCCUCAUCGGCCGACCAGGCAGCGUCAUCGAAGCGCUUCCCAUCGACAUCCUCAGCCACGACACGGUUGAGGCGAAGUUGUUGCAGCCUGCUAUCGAUGUGGAUGUCACGCUCUACGAGGAUGUCGCGAGGAACCCGAUCUCCGCCAUGUCGCAGUCCACGAGGUGGAUGCUUGGGGAGGUGCGCAACUGCUGCUACCAUGCCAGUGGCAUCUACACACCCAUGGUGAAGGUGCUCGCCGCCAUCCACUCCCUGGCCACGAAGUGGGAGCUGCCAAAGAAGAAGUACGUGCGCUGGCGCGAUGUUCCGUGCGCCACCUCUGCGGAGUACCUGUCGCACACGGGCUUCCGCCUGUUCCACGCAGGACCUGGCAUUCUGCUGAUCAAUCUGUUCUCGACGGUCUUGGCGUCGAACGAUUGGGGGCUUCAGCUGAACAUCCUGCCGCUGCUUGGGUUCUCGGCGUUGCUUUUCACGGUUUUGGCGCUCUUCAUCAUUCCCAAGGGCUUCCUCAUCCUGGACAAGUUGCCAUCACUCCGCCUCGGGCGGUACUGCCUCCUCUCGAGGAAGGCUUCAAAGAUCGGAGAUGGCAAGUUUGGCGACCCGGACGAGAAGCUCGAGAAGGACAUCUCCUCUCAGUUUUUGUUCAUCGGCGGUCAAGAUGCCUCUGACAGCGACUCGAGCUCCUCCAGCUACAAGAAGGCUCGCUUUCAGCUCAGUCGCUGCUCGGUUCUCUCCAGGCAGCUGGCCCUUUCGGUCAUUGAGAUCGUGCUGUCCAUCCUCCUGUACUCUCCAGAGCUCAUCCUCGGGGUUCUCCGCGUCGUCCGCGCCGUCUGGGCGCAGUCUUCGGGCUCGGCAAGCUGGAAGCCGCAGGAUGCUGUGGAGCGAGAGGUGGAGCAGAACUUGUCAUUGUGGUACGUCUUCAAGAAGACCUGGGUCGUUUUCCUGUGCGGCGUGGCCUACAUGACGUACAUCAUCGUCUUCCAGGUGAAGGACCUCCUUGUGUGGCUCAUAGUGGUUCCCUGGAUCCUCUAUCCGCUCUCCACCUAUGCCAUGUGCCGACGCGUCCCUCAAUCAGCGAAGAACUGCUGGCUCUGGACAUGGGUGAUGGACAUCAAAGCGGCUGAGAGGAAUCUCCUGUGA